AUGGAUGGGUGCGAAGGAAUGGCAAACGAUAUGUCCAAUGAAUUCGAUUCGGACGAACGUCAAGCAGUUGGUACAUCCUCAGAAAACGAGCUUUGCUUCAUGUACGAUGUCGAUGCUGAAGAAGAUAGGCUCUUCCGAUACUUGUUGGAGCUGAUUUGGAUAAAAGAAAUCAUACAGCGCGAGCCGCAGAGAUUUCGCUUGAUGAUGCAACACAUUGAUCAAGAAAUUCAAAUUACAAAACUGACGAUAGCGGCAUACCGCCAGAAUCCCUAUGCCACCUACCAGUUACGUUUCAGUUAA